ACAUAUGUAUUCCUUCACCUUAAUUUACACACAAGUAGACUCUAUUAGUUGCAGCACACUCUAUAUACCAUGGAGAAUGGUAGGCAGCCUCUUCUCUCUCCGCGGCAAGUGAGUGGGUCAAGCAACGAAGAAGGGGGCCGACAGCCGACUCAGCCCCCCUCCUCCUCCACGAACUUCUCCUUCACCCCGGGGACCGAUGAUAUCGCCCCAAUCACCGGGCCCCAGGAUUUCUUUCGGGAGUUCUCUGUCGAGGCAAAGAAGCUAUGGUUCCUCGCGGGACCUGCUGUCUUCACCUUCAUCUGCCGGUACUCUCUUGGUGCAGUCACCCAGGUGUUUGUCGGCCAUGUCGGUACCCUCGCACUCGCCGCCGUCUCCAUCGAGAACUCCGUCAUUGGCGGGUUCUCCUUCGGCAUCAUGCUGGGGAUGGGGAGCGCAUUGGAGACACUGUGUGGGCAGGCUUACGGGGCAGGGCAGCUGGACAUGCUCGGGAUCUACAUGCAGCGGUCGUGGAUCAUCCUCAAUGCCACGGCGGUCAUCCUCUGCCUCCUCUACGUCUUUGGGGGCCAGCUCCUUAGGCUGAUUGGGCAGACGGAGGAGAUAUCACAGGCCGCUGGGAUGUUCGCCAUCUGGAUGAUCCCGCAGCUGUUUGCAUACGCCAUGAACUUCCCCAUCGCCAAGUUCCUGCAGUCCCAGAGCAAGAUCAUGGUCAUGGCGGCGAUUGCGGGGGUGGUGUUAGUCCUCCACACCGUGUUCAGUUGGCUCCUCAUCUUGCGACUCGGCUGGGGCCUUGCCGGGGCGGCAGUGGUCCUCAACACCUCAUGGUGGGUCAUCGUGGUGGCGCAGCUCAUCUACAUCUUGAGCGGCACGUGCGGCCGGGCAUGGACCGGCUUCUCCUGGAAGGCGUUCCAGAACCUGUGGGAGUUCGUCCGACUGUCUCUUGCCUCCGCGGUGAUGCUUUGCUUGGAGGUUUGGUAUUUCAUGGUACUGAUUCUAUUUGCUGGAUAUUUGAAGAAUGCCGAGGUUUCUGUUGAUGCACUGUCUAUAUGCAUGAACAUUGUUGGCUGGACUAUCAUGGCGGCCCUCGGAAUGAAUGCGGCAGUGAGCGUAAGGGUGUCAAAUGAACUAGGGGCAGGUCACCCAAGGACGGCAAAGCUUGCAUUGGCUGUUGCCGUGAUAAACUCUUUCGUAAUCGGGGUGGUCAUCUCGAUUAUCUUGAUAGUCACAAGGGAGGACUACCCGUCCCUAUUCUCUACCGAUACCUCCGUCCAGGAUGUUGUGAAGGAGCUCACUCCGUUGCUCGCCUUCUGUAUCCUCAUCAACAACGUUCAGCCUGUGCUCUCUGGUAUGGCGGUGGGGGCAGGGUGGCAGGCGACAGUGGCAUACGUGAACAUCGCGUGCUACUAUUUGUUCGGAGUGCCUUUGGGUCUCAUCAUGGGUUAUUGGCUCGACUGGGGCGUUAGGGGGAUAUGGUGCGGAAUGCUGGGCGGGACGAUUGUACAAACCAGCAUUCUCUUCUUCAUCAUUUACAGGACGAAUUGGAACAAAGAGGCCUCGAUGGCAGGAGACAGAAUAAGGAAAUGGGGAGGGCGUCAAGAUUCGGAACAAUUAGCAACAGACAACGAUGCCGAGAGAUGAGGAGAACUGCAAUCUUCAGAGGAGCUGAUCGAAUGAAUAAAAUUAGCAGCACACCUUGGAAAGCAAAUGUUACAAGUGACCCAAGGAGGAACUCAUCUCGAUCAUCUCUUCUCGAAUUCAUUUUUUUAUCAGAAGAACUACCGGGAGCCACAUGGACCGCCACAGUCUACCCUCUACAGAAAUCUACCUCGAGAUUUUCAGUUUUUCACUAGUCUAUUUUACUUUGAUGUUGCUGAUAUAGACACCGCCGUGGAAGGAGCUUAUUGUUUGCAAUGCUCUACAUCGGUGAAUUUCUACGUACGGACUGGCAACUGCUUCCCACUGA